UCAACAAACUUUAUCGAUGCUCUGAUGCGAAAAAAGUUGAAACUACUACAGCAGAAACAACAACUAAAACAACAGAAGCAACAACAAUAGAAACAACUACAGAGGAAGGUGAUGAGCAGCCAACAGAUGAAACAGGUAGAAAUUAAAUUUGGAAGGAUUGGAGGGGAUGGAAGUAGAUUCAACAAAACUUUUUUCAUUUCCAAAAUUAAUUUCAAAUGCAGAAACAACAACAGAAAGUUCUCCACCAUCUACAACAACAUCUCCAACAAGUGAAGAAACAGCAGUUACUGUAGAUGAACUUGAAGAGGAAACAACUACAGAAGGAACAAAUGAAGAAACAGAAGAAGAAUAUAUUAGUACAAAAACAAAAAGUAAUGAAAAACAAAAAAUUAGAACUGGAGCAAGAGAAAGACAAGGACCACGUUCUAAAGAAAUUGAAUUAUUACCUGGUGGUAUAGCAAGAAAAUUCAUUACACUUUCAAUUUGGUCAACACGUGGGAGAACUGAUGGGGAUAGAAAGUGUCAUUCCAGAAGUUUAGCCAGUAAAUUUCAUUCUAUUAUUUUGAAGAAUUGGAAAAAUCCUAACCCAAAAACUGCUUUAAUUUUUGAUUACUCAAUUAAUCAAAAUUUAUUGACAAAAAUUUUAAUUUACAUUUUAGCUUUCGGCCGAAAAAAUAAAGGAAUGACAAAAAUAGAAGAGAAAAUAAGCAAUGAAUGUGUUGAUUUAAAUGCUCAUUGUGAAAUGUGGGAAAAAUUAGGGCAUUGUAUGCACUCAACAAAAUAUAUGAAUCAUUAUUGCCGAAAAUCUUGUGGUUUUUGUGACAGAGAAGAACGUUCAGAAAUUGAUUCUCCAAAACCUAAAUGUACUGACAAAAAUCAUUUUUGUAGUUAUUGGGCAAGAAAUGGAGAAUGUGAUGAUGGAUCUAAAUUUAUGAAAUUAUUUUGUGAAAGAUCUUGUGGAUUUUGUUAA